GACCCCCUUUCGCCGGUCGCGUGGGACAGGUGCGAGAACUGGAGUUAGCAAAAAGUUUCCAACGAGUGAACGAGACGCACGGUCUUUCCUCCCCCUCUCUCUGCCUAAAGUCCGAGAUAUUCUAGCGCUGGGAACCACCAUGUAACGUAACGCGAUUCUCAACACUAGAGGUGAUUUUGUGGACGGUGCUAAAUUCGGGCUCGCCAGCAAGAUGGAAGAUAGUACCACAACACUGCGCGGCUUCUGAUGCAGCCAAGAUCAUUUAGUAGAACCCACACAGGAGGAGACCAUUCGGCCGGUCUGCUGUCUCAUGGAAUACAUACAAACGAGGGUGAGGGGAAGAGAGACGCUGCCGUCCAGCCAGAGUCGGUGGAGAAGCUACAAUCGUUCGAAAACCCCACGAUGUUCCACAAUGAGGUGCACUGCUCACAACCGGUUACAAACAAAAAUGUUGAUAUUAUCAAGAUAAAAAGGAUUGAAGAUAUAGGGUAUGCGCAGUCAGAAUCUGUGGUUCUGAACGCCUUCUCUCCAGACACGGAUGCCCGCCUGACAAGCGGCUUGUAUUUCGAAGAUGGAAAGCGCCACGUGGAUUACGUGCUGGUGUAUCAGUAUAAGAAAUCGAGCCGCAAGGUGUUGAGCGCGCGUCACCGGGGCUCAGUGGAGAAUCGGCAGCAGGAAGUGGACAUCGACGCUAAUAUGCAGCCUUCGGAUUUUCCGGAGGAUGACCGGAGGCUACGCCGGGAAGAGUACGAGCUCAACCUCCUGGAUGCCGGACUGGAACUCGAGAGUGACGAGGAGAAUGAUCUCAGCUGUGAGCCCAGUCCUGUAAUGAGUAGAGCGAACAGUACUGACUGCAUACAGCAGCAGGGGACCGAUGAUCCAGACCAACUGACUAAGGCCUACGGUCUAGGCUUUGUGAAGAUACACACACCAUGGCACGUGCUGUGCAGAGAAGCAGAAUUCCUCAAGAUUAAGAUGCCCACCAAAAAGGUGUAUGAAGUCAAGCAGAAAACUGGCAUCGUCAGCAAAAUAUCGAACAUUUUGCACAAAAUCACUUCGCCGUUGAGACCAAAAGUGGAAGACCAUGACAACGUGACGUACAAGCACCUCUCCUACCCCUUCUCCAGAGAGAAGAAGCAUUUGUUCGAUCUUUCAGAUAAGGACAACUUUUUCAGCAGCACCACAAGAAGCACAAUAGUCUAUGAAAUUUUAAAAAGAACAACCUGCACCAAAGCCAAAUACAGCAUGGGAAUCACCAGUCUUCUUGCCAGUGGAGUUUACAUGGCAGCCUAUCCUUUACACGAUGGUCAUUACAGAGGGGAAGCAACAGAACCAAACGACAGAAAGCUUCUGUACCAGCAAUGGGCCAGCUACGGAAUAUUUUACAAAUACCAACCAUUGGAUCUCGUGAGGAAGUACUUUGGUGAGAAGAUUGCUUUUUAUUUUGCUUGGCUGGGAGUGUACACACAAAUGCUGAUUCCUGCUUCCACUCUUGGGAUCAUCGUGUUCCUGUAUGGAUGUGCAACUGUUAACGAAAAUAUUCCCAGCAUGGAGAUGUGUGACGACCGGGCCAAUAUCACCAUGUGCCCGCUGUGCGACAAGACCUGCAGUUACUGGAAGCUCAGCACUGUCUGUGCCACCGCGCGGGCCAGCCACCUGUUUGACAAUCCCGCCACGGUUUUCUAUUCCAUUUUCAUGGCUUUGUGGGCUGCGAUGUUCUUGGAGCACUGGAAGAGGUGCCAAAUGAGACUGAAUUACAAAUGGGAUCUCACUGGAUUUGAAGAAGAUGAGGAGCGAUUAAAGGACCAUCCACGCCCCGAGUAUGAGGCCAGGGUGCUGAGUAAAGUUCUGAAGAAAGAACUUCAAAAGAAAGAAGAGAAGCCGGCGGAUCUGGUGGAGGAACAGCCAAACAAAUGGAAAAACAGAGUUUUGUCCGCCAUGGCUGGGGUGAAAUUGACUGAGCAAGAGAAGCUGACUUGGAAAGAUCGUACUCCGGCCUACAUAACAAAUAUAGUCGGCAUCCUAUUUAUGAUUGGCCUGACGUUUGCAAUCGUCUUUGGAGUGAUCCUCUAUCGCAUCUCCACGGCCGCAGCGAUGGCCGUGAGCCCGGACGCCUACGCCAAAGCCAAUGUCAGAGUCAUCGUCACGGCCACUGCCGUCAUCAUUAAUCUGGUGGUCAUUCUCGUUUUGGAUGAAGUCUACGGUGCCAUUGCCAGAUGGCUGACAAUACUUGAGAUUCCAAAAACGGACAAAAGUUUUGAGGAAAGAUUAAUUUUCAAAUCUUUUCUGCUGAAGUUUGUGAAUGCCUACACGCCAAUCUUUUACGUUGCAUUUUUCAAGGGCAGAUUCACUGGAAGACCUGGGAAAUACACCUACAUCUUUCGCAACAUGCGGAUGGAAGAGUGUGCUCCUGGAGGCUGCCUGAUGGAGUUGUGCAUUCAACUGAGCAUCAUCAUGCUGGGGAAACAAUUGAUACAGAACAACUUGUUUGAAAUAGGCGUUCCGAAGCUGAAGAAGCUGAUGCGAUACAUGAAGGCAAAAAGAGAGGCCAAGCUGGAGACUGAAACCAACUGCAAGAUCCCCCGGCAAUAUGAAUCGGACUAUAACCUGGAGCCAUUUGCUGGUCUGACUCCAGAGUACAUGGAAAUGAUUAUCCAGUUUGGGUUUGUCACCCUGUUUGUCGCCUCAUUCCCACUCGCUCCACUCUUUGCGCUGCUGAACAACGUGAUUGAAAUCCGCCUGGAUGCCAAGAAGUUUACCAGCGAGCUGCGGAGACCCAACCCGGCAAAAUCAAAGGACGUCGGUAUCUGGUACAACAUUCUCCGAGGGCUUGGGAAGUUCGCAGUCAUCAUUAAUGCAUUUGUGAUCUCAUUCACUUCCGACUUCAUUCCGCGCCUGGUCUUCAUGUACUUGUACAGUCCAGACAUGACAUUGAAUGGCUUCACCAACAACACCUUGUCCUACUUCAACGUGAGCCACUUUGAGCAGGGGUCUGAGCCCUUGGAGCCAAUGGCACUUGGAUACCAGGUUGAAAUUUGCAGGUACAAAGACUACAGAGAACCUCCAUGGUCAUCUCAACCCUAUGAUCUGUCAAAAGAAUUCUGGUCAGUCCUAGCAGCCAGGCUGGCUUUUGUCAUCAUUUUCCAGAAUCUAGUUAUGUUCAUGAGUGACUUUGUGGACUGGAUGAUCCCGGACAUUCCAAAGGAGAUCAGUGAGCGAAUGUCGAAAGAGAAGCUGUUGAUGGUGGAGAUGUUCCUGAAGGAAGAGCAGACCAAGCUGCAGAUAGUGGAGGCACUCUCCUCGCAAGACAAAGAGAGGACAGAGGAUAGCUCUGACGAAUGUCCCAAGGAGGGUCUGGCAGAGCGGUCCGAUAAUUUCGCCGGUGGCGGGGCAGAUUCUUCCCAAUCCCAUCUUAUAAAAGAAACGGAUAUGAUUUAGGAACUGACUUUUAAAAGUAACAGGUUUCUUUAGUUGGGGCAUUCCACAAUAUGGCAAGGUGUCACUUUAACACGGAGCGGCGAUAUCUUGAAGACCGAUAGUCAUGCCUUCGUUGGACGGCUUCUGUUUGCUGCAGUUCAGGUUGCCAUUUUGAAAAUCGUUGUUGCAAGAAUCACUUUCUUUUCACAGAUGAGGUGGACCAUGGUUUAACAGUAAAAAUAUAUUUUGACACAGUGCGAUGCAGGGAACGCCACUGUUUUGUAUUCCACAGGGAUGUUUCAGAUAUUUUCCAUUUGCUACAUAAUACAAGCAAACUUAACUCGAGAGGCAACAUGAAAAUGGUGGUGACAGUCAGAUUUUUUUUUUUUCCACUAAAAUGACAAUCACUUUGGUUUUUAGUAUUUUAAAUUUGAAUUAAUUUGAGCUCCCUCUCUGCUGUUUGGUUGUGUGGUUGAAGGGAGAUUUCUUCCUCGUAACAGGUAAAUUGUAACGGGUAACCAGGCAAAUUGAGCCUCGUGUGUAGGAUGGCGUUAGGGUGCGGGGAUCACUGGUCGGCGCGGAUUCGGUGGGCCGAAGGGUCCAUUUCCACGCUCUGGACUAAACUAAAAAUAUCGGGAACCAGCCCUAACCUACCCUCCAUUUGAAGUGUCUACACCUUGAGCAAUGAAGCUAACUUCACUUCAAAUUGAGGUUUCCAUUUCAUAACGGGUGUCUCCUCGCAGUUUGAGAGAGUGUCCAUUUUGAACGUGGUGGUUUAAAGGGAAGCGGGGAGUAUUGAUUAGGCAACUGAAACUUAUUUCUGAGGUCACAGAUAGAAUUUAUAACCCAAUAGCGGCUUUACCGUUAUGGACACGCAUUUGACAAUGGGCAAAGUGUUUAUGUAAUGAAUGGAAAAUUCUGGGAUGUCCUCCUCAGCAGUGCUGUUCACCUGCUUUCAUCAGCACUGCUAAAAUGGGUGAGUGAAAAUAGUCCCACCCAAGCUGGUUUUACACAGGAGUUGGUGGCGGGUGAUUAACCUCACCAUUGCUUUGCAAAGGCCCAACACCCCCCCUGGUGAAAAUAUCGCCUGCCAUAUAAUGGUUUUCACAAAUGGGUUUUAGCCAGUCGGGAGUCGGCUUCAAAUCACGCACCUUAACUUUUACAAAAGUCUGCAGGAUCUUGAUGAAAGUGCAAACCAUUUACUGGCUUGAGUAGAUAGGUUGUUAGCAUCCGUUUAAUUGGCUGGAUAUAGGGGAUUAAUUCCUGGUGGAGUCCCGAAUUCUAAGAAUUGUUUCUUAUGGAAAAAUAGUGGGGACACGUUUUAGGAUUCCCAACCCGGUACAGAAUUUUAUUCAGUCGACUUUCUGGAUACUGCUUCUCUGAUACGGGAGAAUAAACUGUACGAACAAAAGUCUAAGCCAUCAUAGCUGGAUAGACCAUUUUGUUUCCUCUUCCUCUUUUCCCCUUCUCCUUGUCUCCCAGCCUCCCUUUCCUCUCCUCUUUGAUCAAACUUACACUGCAGGUAAUUCUUUUUCCUUGCAGGGAUGGCAGUAAAUGCCGAAACGAGAUGGUGUCUUUGGCAGACUGUUACAGUGGGAAUUGGGUGUGGGAGGGAGGGAGGGAUGUCAUCUGACUUACUGCUUUCCACACUAGAUUAGAAAUGUCACUUUUAGAUUUCACGGGGCUUUUAAUGUCAAGAUUAGAAAUGUGCACUAUUUAUGUAUUGUUUUUGCGAUUUAGCAACUUUUAAGAGCACUUUAGUGUUUAAUUCUUUAUUGUGAUUAUAUCAGAAAAUACUUUAAAGCACAACAUUAUAUAUUAUAUUUGGAGUGAAUUUCCCAAUGUAAAGCAUUGCAACCUGCUACAUUGUGUGUCGGCUGUAUGGGAUUUCAUUCAGUUAAUACGUUUGGUACAAUUACCUCAGUGCCUUUGUUUGUAGUCGGUUUUAUUUUUUAUUUUUGCAACAUUUUACGCGUUAUUUUGGAUUGGAGCAUUGUAUUCUUCUUUUUUCCAUAUUUGUACACUGCCCAAAAUACUAAGCAGAGUUUCCUGAUGCAUGUUUCUGUUCUGUUACGUUCAUCUCUACAAUGUAAAAUCUCACUAUAUUAUUACACUAUAUUCUUUAGUCAUCUUGAGUUCACCAUCUCACUAAAUGUUUUUUUUUUUUUGUAAAUGGAACUGGCAGAUUAUAACCUGUAUUUCCCACUUAAUAUGUAAGGAGCUGCAGAUGAUGGUUUACACCGAAGAUAGACACAAAAUGGUGAAGUAACUUAGCGGGUCAGGCGGCAUCUCUGGUGAAUUAGGAAUAGGCGAUGUUUCGGGUCGAAGUCUGAUGAAGGGUCUUGAUUUGAAUCGUCACCUAUUCCUUUCCUUCAGAGAUGCUGCCUGAUGUUCUGAGUUACUCCAGCAUUUGGUGUUUUCCUUCUGAAUAAAAGGUCUUAAAAAUAAUAAUCAUUUUAAUUAAUUCAUACUUUUCCCCCCCACACUAUUCUCAUGUUCACUAUAACUUCUCCAAUUAAAGGACAGAUUUUAAGUUUCCUCUGAACCAAAUACAUCUGCUGAAUGCAUUAGUUAAAUCAUGGUCAAUUAACCUUAAAAUUUGGUCAAAGCUUUAUUUGAAAACAGAUUUUACCAUAAUCUCCGAGGAGAUGCAGUCAAUACUCUCGUGGAUUUCUUUGUAGGCUUUUAAAUACAUAAACGGAUCUAAAAUUAAUUCAGCUGAAAUAAUUGAAAAAAAAAUUCACUAUAAAAAUCGAAACAAUGCUUAAAUUAGGUGGACUUCAAAACAAAAUGCUUUGAAAAUAUUAGUGACUAGUGUGUUUUGUUGACAGUUAAAAUACUAUUCCUCCGUUAACCUUUAAACCUGUGAAGAACAGUUGAACAAGAGACUUCAGUCGGAGGAUCUCUAGAUAUGGUUUGGAGCCAGUUUCUUAGGAGGAUUUAGAUGCAGGGAUUAGGUUUGUGCAGGAGGAUUUUACACCAGUGUACAAUGACUUGACAUUGUUGCUUCCUACAUUUCUCAGUGUCCUUUGAUUGCUUCAAACAAAUAAUAAUAGUGCCUUGGUAGAUUUCUCACUAAUGUCGUCUUUCACUGGAGUACAGAGAACUCAUCUUAAAUUUAAAGGGACGACAGCCUGCGUUUUGUCCUUGCGUGGAACACUGUUCAAAAUGGGCAGCUCUCCUUCCAGCCUUAUCCUUUGCCUUGAGUCUUUUUCACCCAAAAGCAUCUGGUCUGAAUGGUCCUUCAUGCUACGCCCACUAUUUGGUCCUGCCCUGUAUUUCCAACCUGUUCCACACUGAGCAAAUCUGUGUUUAACCAAGAAUAACUGCAUUUUUUCAAUUUACCGUCUCUCUCCCUUUGACUGUUCAAUUUUCCAUUUUGUUUUACUUUAGUUCAAAGGAGAGUCGUUUGAUUUCAUCCCUGAAACACACUAUAAUCCCCAUCUCCCAAGCCUUAACGAAGCCACAAACAGUUCAGGGUAUCAUUCCUGUACAGUGAGAAGGUGAAGGAAUUGUGAAGGGGGAUUAUUUAAAGAAAAACAAUACCUGAGAAAUAGAUUUGGUACGGAUGUGAAGCGGGUGAUAUAUAAAGUUACAGGGCAUAAUUUGUGCUUAAAGUCACAAAGCUUAAAGAAAGUAUAGAAACGUAGAAAAUAGGUGCAGGAGUAGGCGAUUCGGCCCUUCAAGCCUGCACCGCCAUUCAAUAUGAUCAUGGCUGAUUAUCCAACUCAGUAUCCUGUACCUGCCUUCUCUCCAUACCUCCUGAUACCUUUAGCCACAAGGGCCACAUCUAACUCCCUCGUAAAAAUAUAGCCAAUG